AUGUCUUCCAUCACCGUUGCCGUCAUGAGCAGGCAUUAUUUUAUUUUCCCAUUUCGAGAAGUGUAUGAUAAAAUUUUGCCUAGAGACAAUCAUCCCACUUCUGUCAAGAUUGCACAGCAAUUAUUAACGAGAUUGCACAGCAAUCAUCUUUUCCCACUCGAGAGAAUGUUUAAGAGGCUGCCUUUUAUAACAUGCACCUCAUUUGCAGAAAAUAAUGUUGUAAUCACUUUAAACGCUCGUUACUACAAUAACCAAUAUUAUAACUUCAAAGAUCUCUAUAUUUCCAAACCCAGUGUUGUAGCUUCCAACGAUCGUCAAAUAACAGCUGGUAAUCAAAGUGCAGUCGUCUCGGCAACAGCCAGUAUGGAUUCUGAGUCCUAUCCAACAGAAUUGCCAGAAUCUGAACCGCCGGCUGAAGACAAAAAAUUUCAUCCAAAAGUUUAUCAAUCUCCUCUCGGUCGGAAUUCGCUAGCCCCGCCAGGAUUCGCGUACAAUCCAAUCAGCUGA